UUAGUCGAGUUGGAGCGUCACGGCAUCGCGUGGUCGGUCGAUUACUCAGUCGGUUGAGCCGAGUCGUUCAGUUCGAGAAGGACGGGAUUCUUGCCGCGCACAGGAUAACGCAUUCAGGAAACGCGUAAUGGCACUCUUUCGCUUCACUUCGAAACGCUGUUUGGAGCUUCAAAAGAUAACGUCGACGGUAUUCCUGCGACAGCUGACGGAUGCGUCCACAGAUCUCAAAAAGGUUCUCACCGACAAAGUUCCGAAGGAGCAGGAGCGUGUCAAAGCUUUCCGUAAGGCGCAUGGAUCCACGAAAGUCGGAGAAGUCACCGUGGACAUGAUGUACGGUGGUAUGCGCGGCAUCAAAGGUCUCGUGUGGGAGCCGUCGGUGCUCGAUCCGGAAGAGGGUAUUCGUUUCCGCGGCAAAUCGAUUCCCGAGUGUCAGAAACUGUUGCCGAAAGCGGCCGGUGGCGCGGAACCACUCCCAGAGGGUUUGUUCUGGCUGCUGAUCACUGGCGACGUGCCCACGGACGCGCAAGUUAAGGCCAUCUCUCGGGAAUGGGCGUCCAGAAGCUCGUUGCCCGAUCAUGUUGUCAAGGCUCUCAACAACUUCCCGAAGUCCUUGCAUCCGAUGACGCAGUUCUCCGCGGCUAUCACGUUGUUGAACAGCGAGAGCGAGUUCGUCAAGGCGUACAACAAGGGCGUGCACAAGAGCAAAUAUUGGGAGACCGUUUACGAGGACUCGAUGAAUCUAAUCGCCAAAUUGCCGGUAGUGGCUGCGACUAUUUAUCGCAAUAUUUACAAGGGUGGCAAGGGACUGGGUUCGGUCGACGCCGGCAAGGAUUGGUCCUGGAAUUUCUCCAACAUGCUCGGUUACGAUAAUCCGCAAUUUAUCGAACUAAUGCGCCUUUACUUGACAAUACAUUCUGACCACGAGGGCGGUAACGUAUCCGCUCACACCACUCAUUUAGUAGGAUCCGCCUUGUCGGAUCCGUAUCUGUCGUUCGCCGCCGGUAUGAACGGUCUGGCCGGACCGUUGCACGGCCUGGCCAAUCAGGAGGUGCUGGUGUGGCUGGAGAAACUGCGCGGCCAAGUCGGCGACAGCCCGAGCGACGACAAGCUCAAAGAAUUCAUUUGGAACACGCUUAAGAGCGGCCAAGUUGUACCCGGUUAUGGACACGCUGUUUUGAGAAAGACCGAUCCGAGAUACACGUGUCAGAGAGAGUUCGCGUUAAAACACUUGCCGGACGAUCCGUUAUUCAAGUUGGUCGCGCAAGUGUACAAGGUAGUACCUCCCAUUCUCUUGGAGACUGGCAAGGUGAAGAACCCGUGGCCGAAUGUGGACGCGCACUCGGGAGUGUUGUUGCAAUAUUACGGCAUGAAAGAGAUGAAUUAUUACACGGUACUGUUUGGAGUGUCGCGUGCAUUGGGUGUGCUCGCAUCUUUGGUCUGGGAUCGCGCCUUAGGACUGCCCAUCGAGAGGCCCAAGUCGCUCAGCACCGAUCUCCUCAUGAAAGCCGUCAAAGCUUAAAAACAUAUUAUUCUCAUUCAUCAGAUCUAUUCGACGACCGAUUAUUAGCGUUAUAUUGGAGUGUUCGUUGACUUCGACAUUGUUCAAGUGUUGACAGAGUGACGCUAGAAUUUCUUUGUCAAUAUAGAUACCAUUUUUUGAUACGGACCUUGUAACGAAGUCGCUACAACGA